GUUUCUACUGAGUACGGAUGUUCAGAGGCCGGUAAAUCUUUUGAAGGUAACAAUGAAACAAAACUUUUGCAUGAAAGAGGUAUAAAAGCUCUGAAGAUGAUGAAGGAUAUGUUUUAUUCUUUGUGUGAAGCUAUUGGAAAUGAAGAGAAAAAGAUAAGGAAACUACAAUCUAUUGGGUUUAUACACUCAGGUAGGUCUAAUGAUAUUAUUGCUCAGAUUAGAUUCCCCUGCUGGCUAUACAUACCGAAUAACCUGAACAAAAAUGUUAGAAAUCUCCUUAAAAAUAAUACAAUUUGGCUCAAAAAUACUUCCUGUAAUUAUGUUAGCGUGAAAGGCAAAG